AUGCUCACUAACAGGGCAUUAUGUUCAAUGAAAUUUUUAGAAUAUGUGAUGGCAACAUUACCUUUAACAGAUUGGACCGAAAGUGAGUACAUAGAUGUGGAAACAUCACUAACAAUUGCAAUCAGUCUUGGAAUAGCAUGUUGUGCUAUUGAAGUUAUAUUACUAACAUUUCAGCUUCAUACAUUUACAAAGGCUAUUUUUUCGAUGUGUUUACAUCUUUUAGCAACAAUUUUCCUAUUGAAAUUUAUUGUUGAUAGUCAUCCAGUAGAUCACUUUUGGAUUGCUUUUGGAAUAUUUUCCGUACCUGCUUUGCUAAUUGCAUGUUUGAAUUUAUGCAUGGAUUUUAGACUGAAAGAACACUGCUAA